AUGCAUCUUCGCAUUUCCUUGUGCAGUGCAUCGAAUUCCAUUGGUGUUUGGCAACGAUCUGACUCCCUACUGGAUCUUCUUGGAUCAAGCGGUGACGUCCCCUUGCCAGUGUCAAGCCAGGCUCCCCAGCCUGCCCCAGUCCAAACAUCAACCGGAGAUGGUGUCCUGGACUUGUUAGGAGACUUAGAUAUGGGUGGACCUUCAGUUCUACAAAACAAUCUACCCGAUGUCACGCCAGCGCCAACAAUUGGGCUUAUGGACGGAGGAUUGGGCAACGACCUGACAGAUUUGCUUGGCGGGCCAGUAUCGUCACAACCAGUUCUGAACACCAUUAGCGAUGUACAGCCAGCAGCACCAGUUUCAACAAUGGGUAUGGGAAUGACAACAACAGGGAUGCCAAAUAUUGCCACUGUUUCGCCGCCAGUUCCUAAUACUGAACUGAAGAGCGAUUGGAUCCGUGUCAGCGAGAGACAGGUUCAAAAAAGAAAAGAUGUAUUUAAAAUUGGCAAUUUUGAAGUCAAGUAUGAAAGAGGCGAAACACUCACAGACAAUAUCGUCCUAACUGGGCACAGAUCAGGCCAAAGAAGUGCUGCCAAAUAUUUUUUUGACUUGCGUAACAUCAAAGGACUCGUUCAAGCGGACUUUUUGCAAACAAGAGGUGAAGUUAAUUUUGUACCUGCACAGCCGUUUUCCCACGCAAGGCACCAGUGGUCGGACGAAUCAAAUUGCCGAGUGUUGUCAUUCUGGGAAAAGUAUUUAGCAAAGACCGAGUCCCCCAUUCUUGAUAUGGCUGUUAACAAGGUAGGAAAAUCUGGUCAAAGUUUUUUAUACACAGUGCAAAGUCACAAGGAGAACACGAAAAUUAACAUUUCGUUUUCAAGCAGUAAACCUGUACUGAACUAUCUUGGAAAAGUAGCCAGAAUUAUAAAGCUGAAUUCAACAGCAAAAGCAAAUUCUAGUCACUGGAUAUUACACUUGAAAGCAAAUAUAACCGCUUGUCCGGCGUAUUACGAAAUAACGGUCAUCGAAAAGACAGCCAGUGCUUUGGUUCUAAAGCAUGAUAUCCUCGCGCUCUGUCCAUCAAAUCAUUUUCAUGUUGUUGCGGUUGUUCCAAAGAAGAUGUUACUUCCAGCUUACAAAGCGCGUUUGUUUAUGGUUUACAUUUCAAAUGGGAAAAACGUUUACGAGGUCCACAUUGAGAAGUUGGAUGAGCUGAAAGUGGAAGGGCGAUUUGACUUCAAAAGAGCCACGGAAAAGAAGUCGGUGUCAAAGAAAAACUUUGAUGUACGCAUGCUCUCAAAGUUUGAUUCAAUCAUUCUUCUCACCGGUGUCUUUAUAAUUGGAAUCAUUACGCUGUUAGUGCUUGCGUGUUUGAUUAGGCCAAGUAAGGAGCAAAAAGCCCGCCAAAAGGGACGUCAGCAUGCCGCAGUGCAACUUGGUCAAAAGGAUGAUGUGAGGAAGCAGCUUGAUAACGAGGACAAACUUCAAUGGAGGCAUCUCAUUCCAAUUGUCUUUCUGGUGGCGUUUCGCGUUGCUUAUAGUUUUGUGCUCACUGUUAGUUUUGUUGUCAUCGUUUUCAACAUUGUAAACAAAAGCGAUCUUGAAGAUGUCAAAGACUUUAAAGAAUUUGUCCAAUUAAAAAUCAACCAGAGCAAUCAGAUUUCCCUCGCUUUGGAUCUAUUUCGUGAGAGUGAGACUAAGAUAAUGACAGACAAAGCAGCCUUUAUGGAAUGUGCAUGUGAUUAUCACAUGGGAAGAAUAAUGAGGAACAUGCGUGAUAAUAUGACUGCCAUGAUACAGCUGCACGAUUUGAUAGCUUUUGACAAGAUCAGCGAAGCACUGAUGAGAGUUGUGCUGAAAAGAGUUGCUGUUUUGUCAGCUAUUAAUGGCAAGAUGUACCGUUAUAAGGGAAGGAUCGCCAGGACAUUAUAUCACAUUGAGAGCAGACUAAACGGUUACGCUUAUAGGAUUUAUAGGAAUAAGUAUUUUACGAUGGCCCGGGGCUUAUGGGGGGCAUGGCAGGACUUCAGAUCACUUGAUUUUCUCAGUUCUAUAGGAUCUUUUGAUUCUACAAGAUAUUAUCAGAUUAAACGUGAGAUUGCUUGGCAACUGGGGAAGUUGAAAAACAUGUUUAAAUUUGAUUCGAUCGUGAAAAGGUUGUUGAAGCCUCUCUACCCUAUUGCUAAUGCAUUGCUGGCACCCUUGCGAAACAUGAAGAGAAAAGUGAAGGAGGCAGUUUAUCAUAGAAUCAAUAGCAUUAAAGACAAAAUCCUUAGAAACAUUCCAUGUAUAGGCAAUAUUGAUAUGAAGAAAUGGGAGCGGUAUGAUGAUGAUGAUUACGACGAGGAGGCCAGGAAGAGGUGUCGUAUACAAGCAGCUAAUAAAUUCAUGGAGAAAAUUAUUGACAAUAUAAAGUCAGCAAAGAAUAGUUCGGGUCAAUUUGUUGUCAGUUCUGUCAGAGAUGAUGCUUCAUUCAACAUCCUAGAGGGAGACGCGUACGAAGAAGCUCACGAGAAUAGACAAGAAAAACGACUAGCAACUUUUAAAAAGCUUGCAGAUUAUUACAAAGGAAGCGAAGAGGCUAAGGUAGCAUUAAGGCUGCUGAAGUCACAUUCGGUCAUUUUAGUUUUAAUUUUUGACGUAUUGCUCAUCACAUACCGAAGCCUUAAAACAUACCGAUUUGCUUUUAUGAUGGCAUCAGGGUAUGAAAAGAAGGUGGAGUAUAAACGCAUUGGGGAGAAACUCAGAGGCGACGAAAUCAAGAAAGAGAGAUCAGCUGGAAGGAAAAUGGUCGACUGCGUGGCAAAAUUCAUCUCACUUUUCUUCAGUACUUUUACAUUAAUGCUGAAACUGAUUUUCACGACAAUUCUCAUACCAGUUUUGGUGAUAAUUAUAGCAAUAAUAGUUUCAUUUUACCUGACAAUAGCAUUUGCCUAUAAUGGAAUGAAUGUAGAUGCGUUGGAGAAACUUGGUGCAUUCAAAUUUCUAUCCAGUCGCUUGGAUCUGAACUUUAACGUGACAAGAGAAGCGUUGAAAGAGCACGCUUUGUAUCUCAACAAAUUCGACGUAGGCAUGUACAAAGAAUCUAUUCGCGUGCAGACUGAAGAAUUUCGUAACACUGUCAAGGAAUUCAACGCAGAUGAAAUUAUACGCGUGCAGCGUUUGCACGCAGAACUUUGUGAUACUGAAGAUAGACAAGCGUGUAACAUAGACUUCAAAAGACUGAUGGAGAAGCUUGAGAUGAAUGUCAAACCGUGCGUUUUUCCGGUAAUAAAGGCGCGAAUGCCGGACAACAUUUACGACAGUGAGGCUUAUCGAAAACAACUGAAGCAUGAAUUGAAACAUUAUGUUGAUUCUGCUCGAAAGAUUUGCAUCAACACUCUUUAUAUAAUUGCUGGCAUUGUUGGAACUAUACUUUUAACGGUAGUUGGGUCAAAGCUGAUUUUCAAAUUCUUAAUGAAACUGGGUAUGAUAAGAGUAAAGGAAAGACAUAUUUACCACGAACUACCUAUAACGUUAAGAAAACGAUACAAAGAUGGCCUAUAACAAUAAGAGCUGUAAAAAAAGAACUCUACUUGCACCUCUUCACAAACUGCGCUGCAUAAAAGAGUCUGGAUUGUAAAAGAUUUUACAUUCCUCAUUUUCAGUGAUGCUUAAAAUCUCAUAAUUG